GUAGUGAACUGGGAUGGCCCCGACGAUCCACAAAAUCCUCGAAACUGGGCGUACAUGCGCAAAUGGGGCGCAACCGUCACAGUUUCCGCCUUCUCCUUCAUAACGCCCGUGUCCUCAUCCAUGGUCGCGCCAGCCGCAGCUACAAUAGCAGAACAGUUCGGUAUAAGGAGCACCGUCUUGCAAGCUAUGAGUAUAUCCAUUUUCGUGCUCGCGUACGCAAUUGGCCCAUUGUUUCUUGCCCCUAUAAGUGAGAUAUACGGGCGCGCGAGGUUACUGCAGUUUGCGAAUCUGUGGUACCUUGCAUGGAACCUAGGCUGUGGCUUCGCACAAAACACCGGGCAGCUCCUUGCCUUCCGGUUUCUGGCCGGUCUCGGGGGUAGCGCCGCGCUCACAGUCGGCGGAGGCGUACUGAGCGAUGUGUGGCCGCCGGAACAACGAGGGAAGGCGAUCGCCAUGUAUGCUGUGGCCCCUCUCUUGGGACCCAUCAUCGGACCCAUCAUGGGUGCGUGGAUAACGCAACGGACGACUUGGCGGUGGGUUUUCUGGGUGACAUCCAUGGCUGACCUAGUCAUCCAAGGCAUUGGACUCUUCUACCUACAAGAAACAUACGCACCCGUUCUACUCCAGCGGAAAGCCAAGCAUAUCCGCGGGACCAUGGACGCAGAGAAAGGCCCGCAGAGACCGGUGCGGACCGUGUUCGACACCGCAGAUCGGCAGUGGCAGAAGAUUUUCGCCAAGGCGCUCACGCGGCCCUUCCAGCUCUUCGCGUACGAGCCCAUCAUCCAGCUGCUCGGGGUUUACAUGGCGAUUAUCUAUGGGAUUAUGUACCUAUUCUUAACAACGAUUCCGUCUAUCUUCCAGGGUAUCUACAAAGAGGACGUCGGCAUCGCCGGGCUGCACUACAUUGCGCUCGGUCUGGGCCUCAUGGUCUCCGUCCAGAUAUGCGCGCGAUUAAUGGACAAACUAUUCGCGUACUAUGUGAAGAAGAAUAACGGGGUCGUGAAGCCCGAGUAUCGGUUGCCACCCAUGGUCCCUGGCACCAUCGUUCUGCCCAUAGGAAUCUUCAUCACUGGGUGGGGUGCCCGGCCAAGCGUGCACUGGAUCGUACCGGACAUAGGCAUCGCGCUUAUAGGCUUUGGGCAGAUGCUGAAUGCACAGGCGAUCACCACAUACGUGAUCGACGCGUUCUCCCUGCACGCAGCCUCUGCACUGGCGUCGGUGACGUUCCUGCGGUCAGUGGCUGCCUUUGGCUUCCCGCUGUUCGCGCCGGCAAUGUACGAGGCUCUCGGGUUCGGGAAGGGCGACACCAUCCUGGCAUGCGUGCUCAUUGUGAUCGGGUGCCCGGCGCCCUGGUUGUUCUGGUAUUAUGGAGAGAGGAUUAGGGGAGCCAGCCGCUAUGCCAAAAAGGCGUGAGCUGGGUAGUAAUUCCCCUUGCCCACGGGGACAGAUCACUGGUACGAAGGACAGGAACUAACACGAUAUCCAGAAUAUGAUAGUGCCCUUAUUAAUAUCGUUCGAUAGGCUCAUAAGGCUAUUCGUCUUGCAUACCUUUUGUGUCGG